AUGCCUUCGCCAGCGACUUCGAAUCUCACACGUACUCAGACGCCUACUGUCACACUGCCCCCGUCGGGACCUACCCAUCAGGAACGAGCUCAGAACGCCCCCAGCAGUCCUGUCAUUGUUCCUGGCCGUGUCUUUGGUGCAGCCGACAACGACGACGACAUAUUCGACUGUGGUCCUUCUCGUGUCACCAGGCAACAGCGGCAUCAUGCACUAUACGCCGAACUUUUAGAGCUUGCCCCUUGGAUUCGUGAUGAACUACGCAGGCGUGGCCCUGGCGGAUCUGUACCCAUUGCACGGGCGCUCGAAGACGGACGGAAGGCGGCCCGCGCAGAUGACAUCAGUGGUGUCAAGCGUUGCAUUCAAGACUGGCAUGACUUCGUGCCAGCUCUCCCGCUGAAGAAGAACAUGCGAGGAUUCCGUCAUGAGGAGUGCGGCCGGCUCCUGUGUCCCACAAUCUAUGAUUGGACGGACCCAGUGGUCAAGGAAGGGCUGGCAAAGAAAGACCGCAAAUAUGACACUGGGUCACGUAAUUGGCCCGUUUUGCUUUGGCGGGAUGAGGCCGUGGACGAGACCGACCUGCACAUUGGCUUCAUGAAGAAUGAGCUCAUGGUAAAAGCGGCCUUGCAUGUGUUUCGGGGACCAAGUGCUGCGACCUCCGAGGACACCCUGAGCUGUGGUAAAAGGAAAGGCAUUGCCGCCAUUCACGGUGUAACAAAGAUAAGCUCGGGUGCCAUUGUAUAUUGUGCCAUGCUUGUACAUUUUGCUCUUUCUUCUCAAAACAUAUUUGGUGCUGGCAAUACCACCGGAGGCUUCGCAUACAGGGCAUUCUAUCAAGAGCUAGUACAGUAUAUUGACACUCAAAUGCCUCGUGAUUCGUACGCCGAGCUCCUUGCCUGGUGGAACAGCCGUUUAUUCCCAGAGGCGUUCGACGAGGACGAUGACGUGGAAAACACCAGCCAAGGUGGUAUCAGCAUGGCUGCGCGCAUGCUCGCGCAACGGCAAGUGCACGUCGGUCUACGUGUGGUGGAGAUGGGACAGCAGCGGAAGCAGGGUAGGCAUGCUGUUUCUAAUGCUCUGGAUCUCGUGCGAUAG